UCAAAAAAAGAGGGAGACCACGGAUGAGUCGAGCUAUCAGCCCCAGCAGUCCCCUGCUACCAUGCCGAACCAGAAGAGCGUCAAGGGCAGGAAAAACAAGCGUACCAACAGCAGCGGCGACGAGCAGGAGGCGGCGGCCGGGGCGGCUGCAUGCAACGCAGGGGCCGGAACAGCAGCGCCGGGGGCCAGCGGAGCUACGGCCGGCCAGCCGGAGACAGGCAACGAUCACGAGGCGCCGUGCGCGACGCCGCUGGUGUGCGGGCUGGGCCGGGCCGUGCAGCUGGACAAGGAUGAUCACCAGCGGGUGGUGUGCAACAACGAGCAGUGCCCCUUUGGCAACUGGAUGCACCUGCAGUGCUUCUACGAGUGGGAGAGCAGCAUCCUGGUGCAGUUCAACUGCAUUGGCCGUGCCCGCAGCUGGAACGAGAAGCAGUGCCGCCAGAACAUGUGGAACAAGAAGGGCUACGACCUGGCCUUCCGCUUCUGUUCUUGCCGUUGCGGCCAGGGCCACUUGAGGAAGGACGUUGACUGGUUCCAGUCGCGCCGGCGGGCUGACGACAGGAAGAAGAAGCCAGCGGUCCCCAAGGCGGGGGAAGGGACCCUGGCGGCGGCGGUGGCCGAGGACGGGAAGAAGUGCAAGCUCCACCGCCCCGCCAGGCCGCCCCAUGAGGGGAGCGGGCCGGGCCAGCAGCGCCGGCUCUCUGCGGACCGCCAGGCCCUCGCCCAGGACAAGGCCCCGGCAGGCAGCUCGCCACCCCAGCCCUCGCAGGCCCAGGCCCCCACCCCCCGCGGCCCCCGGCACCUGGGAGACUUCCUCAAGACGGCGCUGCAGGCCGAGGCUUGCCGCAAACUGCUGCCCGGGGGGCCCCGGCUAGCCCAGGUCGAGCUGGGCCCGGCGGGCGCGGGCGCGGUGGUAGCAGGAGGGGCAGGAGGAGGCCGGCUGGAGCCUGCCGUCCAGUUCUUGCGGCGGCUGGACCUCUCGGAGCUGCUGGCGCACGUGCCCAAGCACAAGAUGAACACCUAUCACGUGCGUAUGGAGGACGAUGCCCAAGCUGGCCAGGGCGAGGACCUGCGUCGGUUCAUCCUGGCAGCGCUGAGCGCCAGCCAGCGCAACGUCGUCCACUGUGCCCUCUGCCAUCGAGCACUGCCUGUCUUCGAACUCUUCCCGCUGGUUGAUGGCACCCUCUUCCUCAGUCCCUCCCGGCACGACGAGAUUGAGUAUGACGUCCCCUGUCACCUCCAAGGGAGGCUCAUGCACCUCUAUGCCAUUUGCGUGGAUUGCCUGGAAGGAGUGCACAAGAUAAUUUGCAUCAAAUGCAAGUCACGGUGGGAUGGCAGCUGGCACCAGCUGGGAACCAUGUACACGUACGAUAUCCUUGCUGCGUCUCCGUGCUGUCAGGCUAGACUGAACUGCAAGCACUGUGGGAAGCCUGUCAUCGAUGUGCGGGUGGGCAUGCAAUAUUUCUCAGAGUACAGCAACGUCCAACAGUGUCCGCACUGCGGCAACCUGGACUACCACUUUGUAAAACCCUUUUCUUCCUUCAAAGUGUUGGAAGCUUAUUGACGAAUGCUUUCUUCUUUUUUCUUUCCUUUCUAGAGUAAUUCUUUACGUAGAGGUGUAAUACCUUGUUUCUGAUUCGGUUGCUUGUCUGUAAGUCUUUACCCAGUGUUAGCCAUUGGUUGUGUGGUGGAACUGGGGACGGAGAUUGGCUGUGAUGGGAGGCUGAGCUGAAAUGGGCAGGGUUAGCCUGUUCCAAGUGAAGAAGAUUUUCAAACAAGCAGCUGUUAGGUCAGUAUGAGACUCUAUUCUCCAAGGCUGGAUUCCAACCUCGAAGGGAAUGGCAAAGGGUGUUUAUUUUUGCAGUUGCUGUUGCAACUUGGUGCUUGACGGUUGAAUGUACGUAACUAUACUCCAGGGCCAGGGGCUUUCUCCUUCUCCUUGGGUAUUUCCCUGGCCUUACCGAGGUUUGUUCAAGACCCAGUUGUGAAGUGUUGCGUUUACAGAGAAGUGUUGAUCAAGUGCAAAGGAGAGGGAUUAAAGAGGUUUGCUGCUCUUAAUAGAAAUGAUCCCCUGUUUAAGACUCUCUUCCCCAAGCUUGCUUAGUUUAGUCACAGCACAUACACUCUGGCCACUUUAUUAGGUACAGAAGUGGAACCCAAUGUAGUCCAUCUACUUCAAGAUUCGACAUGUUGUGCAGUCGGAGAUGUUCUUCCACAUACUACUGUUGUAAUGCAUGGUUAUUUGAGUUACUGUCUCCUUCCUGUCAGUUUGAACUAGUCUGACCAUUCUCCUCUGACCUCUCUCAUUAACAAGGUGUUUAUGCUCAAAGAACUGCUGCUCACUGGAUGUUUCCUGGUUUUCACACCUUUCUCUAACCUCCAGAGACUGUUGUUUGUGAAAAUGCCAGGAGAUCAGCAGCUUCUGAGAUACUCAAACCAUCCCAUCUGGCACCAACAAUCAUUCCAUUACUCACUGUCAUUUAGAUAACAUUUAUUCCUCAUUCUGAAGUUUGGCCUCAACAACAACUGAACCUCUUGACCAUGUCUGCAUGCUUUUAUGCAUUGAGUUCCUGCCAUAUGAUUGCCUAAUUAGAUAUUUGUAUUAAUAUGCAGGUGAACCUAAUAAAGUGGCCUCUGAGUGUGGAGUAGACAUGUUAUUGAGUCCUCUCCUGCCCUUUCCCUGGGACCUAAGUCAUCGCCGGCUGGAGCUGUCUCUUCCCUUUUGUUGAUUGUAAUUUCUCACUUGGAAUCUGUUGACCAACUCCCUGGCUUGUGUAGCCCAGAGAGUACGGAUGCCUCCUCUGGUAUCAGCUCUUAAUGGAUUUUGUGAGAAGAUGGCAGCUUUUUUUUUCCCACUCGGGGCUCAUCUGAGCAUCAGGGGGUACAUUCAUCUGGUCAGUGAUAGGGAGCAGAGACCCUGAUGAGGCCAGUUAACUUGAUGGAACCCAUCCACUGUGAAUGAAGUCUUGGGUUUGUAUCAAUUGGUAUUUCUGCUAGAAGUUUCAACAUACUUAUUUUAUUCCACUCCCCAAUCCUAUUCCAACAUGUCAGUCCACGGCCUCCUCUACUGCCAUGAUGAGGUCACUCUGAGGAGGAGCAAUACCUCAUAUUCUGCCUGGAUUCCCUCCAACAUGAUGGCAUAACCACUGGUUUCUCUAACUUCUGGUAAUUUCAAUCCUUGCCCCUUCUCUCCUUUUCAAUUUCCCCAUUCUGGCUCCCCUCUUACCCUUUCUCCUUGCCUACUCAUCACCUCCCCUGGUGCCCCUCCUCCUUCCCUUUCUCCCAUGGUCCAUUCUCCUCCUAUCAGAUUCCUUCUUUAGCUCUUUCAGCUUUUCCACCUAUCACCUCCCAGCUUCUCACUUCAUCCCCACCUUCUUCACCAGGUCUGACUUACCACCUGUCAGCUUGUACUCCUCUCUCCCCCCCCCCCCAACUGCCCAUCUUAUUCUGGCUUCUUCCCCCUUCCUUUCCAGUCCUGGUGAAGGGUCUUGGCCCAAGAUAUCGCCUGUUUAUUCCUCUCCGUAGAUGCUGCCUGAGCUGCUGAGUUCCUCCAGCAUUUUGUGUGGUAUUCCAAAUACUUCAGAAUGCAGUAACUCAAAGUGGAGUUCGUUGCCUGUUAGAUUGCAGUAUCAAUGAUGACAUGGCUGAUAUAGCUGUUGGUGCUGGGGUAGAU